CCCAUUUUAGGGCGCAUUUUAAGUGCGCUACCCCAACAGGAUUCAAAUGCAGAUAACGAGAUGGGUCUGAAGAAAGAAAAUUGCCCAAGGUCAUGGUCAAGAUGCAUGCAAACUGAUGUAAAGCCUCUGAAGUCAGACUUGGAUAAAUCAGGCAGUGAUUCUGUAUCAGACUCACAUGAGGAAGGGGAGAUCAGUGAUGCCGAAGGAAACAGCCCCCCCUAUAGCUGUAAGAACAAAAAACGGGUCAGAACCACUUUCAGCAUGGAGCAAGUGCAAGAACUGGAGAGGAUUUUCCAAGUGACACAUUAUCCCGAUGUCCAGAUGAGGGACAAGCUGGCUGCAAAGAUUAAACUUCCCGAAACCAGAGUGCAGAUUUGGUUUCAAAAUCGCAGAGCGAAAUGGAGAAAAUAUGAAAAACUAGGUAAUUUUGGAGGCCUCCAGCACCUAACCACAGCAGACAUGGUUCCUGCACCAACCACAGACAUCAUGGACUACAGCCUGCAGAGGACACCAGGUUUUGAGUUGCGGCCAACAUACUACCUACCUUUUCACAGGUAUCCAACCUCGAUUAUGAUCCCUGGUUUGAUGACCUUGACUUCACACCAGGCCUUUACCAGUCAAGAUAAAACCUUAUCCUUGCUACACUCUAUCUCCCCAGAGACUCGACUAGAACAUCAGCUUAGCCGCUCCGAUAUAAAUCAGGAACGUUACUACUAUCAUAAAAGUUGAUUGUCCACCAGGUUGUCGUAUCAGCAUCUCAUCCACAUUCCUGUUGCAGGAGAAAGCUACAAUCCUAGAUUGAGCAGAUGGGACCGGCACUUUGCUUGGUGGAUGAAUAUAUCUGUAACUAACAGCAAGCCAUAAAUUGCUCCCCUCUAGAGGACAACAAGCCCGGCUCCGCCACAGAAAGCCAUUCAUCUGUUGUUUGAAAAUUUCUGAGAAGCAAACAGUGCCGUAACCAAGAACAUACACAAUUAAAUUACCUUAUAAUUUAUUUAUAGGCAAGCGGGCAAUUUGUAGAUGAAAAUGCAAAGAGUGAGCAGAUGUUUCUGAAGUCCGUUUAACUCUGAGACUUGGGACCACUUUGGAAGAGUAGUCGAGCGCUUGGCUCUAAGGAUUGAUGUGGAUGGGAGAUGGAAAAUGAGACGGGGGGCCAUGCAGUAGAAAGUCCAUUGGUUGGAUGGCUUAACAAAAAGCUUUCUAGAGAGAAAUUUUCAAGAUGAACGUGAGGCAAAACCUUCGUUAUCCCAUCUGCUGGUGGGCCACAAAUUGUAAGGCUGUACGCACAAUGCUUGAAUAUCAUCUUUUUCUUCUUUAUUGAGUUUCCGUUUUAAUCCUCGGUUAGAGAACAAUGACAAUGACCAAGAAUUUAUCUGAGUCUCAAACAAUUAAAAUUCAACUAGUAGAAACUGAAAUACACCAACUGCUAAAUGUAGCCUUCCCCACUACUGUGUGUGUUACCAAAUUGUGUUUUUAUUUUAUUUUACUUCUACCAAAAGGCUUUAUGGAAAAUGCAGCACUUUGAUACUUAA